UUCCCGGAAGUGGCAUCCCAGUUCCGGUUGCAGACGGCUCUCUUGUUAGCCUGUUUAGUCAGGUUUAAAGAUGGGGGAAGCAGAUGUAACACUGAGUCAGACCGACGACAAGCCCCCGGAUUCGGGGCUGGUUCCCGGUGAGGACUCGGUGGUCUGGAGCCACGAGGUGGAGGUUUGUUUGUUCCACGCGAUGAUCGGACACAAACCGGUCGGUGUGAACCGUCACUUCCACAUGAUCUGCAUCAGAGAUAAGUUCAGUCAGAACAUUGGCCGCCAGGUGUCCUCCUCCGUCAUCUGGGACCACCUGGGAACCAUGUAUGACAUGCAGGCUCUGCAUGAAUCAGAGAUUCUGCCAUUUCCAAACACAGAGAAGAGCUUCUCUCUACCUGAUGACAUCAUCCAGGAAGUUAAAGGAGGAAAGCACGGAUCAGAGGAGGAGACCAAGGAGGAGUUCAGGAUUGAGAGAGAACCUCCUGCCACUCAUGAAGAAGGAAGUAACUCGUCUGUGAAGAUGUCUGAGCGAACGAGCAGCAGCCGAGAUAAGGAGAAAGAGCGCGAAAAGGAGAAGGGAGGAGGAGAAGGAGCAGCAGCAACAGGGGGAGGAGGAGCAGGUGCAGGAGGAGGUUCAAAGGAGGCAGAAAAGAGGAAGAGGAGCAGAGCGGCUGAGAAGCUGCUGUCGUCUUCCAACCCUGUGAGCCCAGGAGGUGCCAAGAGGAGGCGCACCUGAGGGCUGGACUCUGAUUGGCUGCCUUACACCUGUCGUGACCACAGCAGGAGGAGAGGAUGAUGGGACUUCCAGUUAUAUUCUGGUGAUAUUUUUUCAGUGUUUUUUGAUGUGUGACUUCCUGCUGCCCAUCGGUCCGAUCGGGGGGGCGGAGAUUGUUGAUCCGUUCCCAUCUUCCUCAGACAGAACCGGGUUCUGCUCCUCGGUCCGUGUGCUAAGGCCGGAGUCCAGGAUUCAGGUCCUUUAGACCAAACCCAGGUUCUAACUUCGGAUUCAACUCCCAGGAUGCACCUCGGCAACAAACAUCCAAUCAGAGAGCUUCAAAUCAGUCACAUGCUCUGCUGAACAGACCGAAGACUAAACUCCUGUUUAAUCUGGGACAGAACUGAACCACUUGCUGUAUUUAUGGGUCUGCCGUAGAACCAGAACCACAGAACCUGAUGUUCUGAUGGACGGAGGGCUAAGGAGCAGCAGAACGCUCAGCUUCUGUCUGAUGUUCUGCUAUUUGGAUUUGGCCCACUCACUACGUCUACGUCAUGUUUUAGAAGCAACAGGACGAUGGUUGUGAUCCGUCUGCAGCCUCCUGGCCGAAAUGUCAAAGGAAUCCAUCUGAAACCUACGGGAACCAUUUCUGUCAGUGUAUUUAGCAGGACCUGCUCGGGUUCUAGGUUCAGAAACCCGGUUCAUGUACAGCCUGCAGAAGCUUCCAGAUCCUCCAUCCGGAUCAGUCUGUUCCUGGACUCCAGGGAGGCAGCAGCUGAUUCACCUCCUGAAUCAUUUGAGUCGUUUUGUUUGUUUGAGUCUCAAAAGAAACAAAAAAAAGUUUCCUUUAACUUUUUAAUGAAGUGUGUGUUUUAUUCCUGACUGAUUGGUUCAAACAUAAACAGAAAUCUGAA